UCCUUCUCCUCCUCCACUCAGCUCCUUCCUUCACUUCUUCUACUCACUCUCUGCCUUUGAGGGAAAAUGAAGCAUCUGAGCAGGACCAUGUACUCUUUAGGGUUUCUUUUGCUGCUGGUUUUUGGAUGGUCUCACAGUCAGACAACUAACAAUACCAGGCCGGUGUUUAAAUGCGGAGGAACUCUGGAUGGAGACUCAGGCUUCAUAGCCAGUGAGGACUUUCCUUCAUACUACAAACCAAACAGCAAGUGCACUUGGUACAUCACUGUCCCAGAAGGCAAUGUGGUCACGCUCUCCUUUAGGAUUUUUGAUCUGGAGGCCGACACUCUGUGCAGAUACGAUUUUGUGGACGUGUAUAACGGUCACUCCAACACGGUGCAGAAGUUGGGUCGCUUCUGCGGGACAUUUCGUCCAGGCACACUCAUCUCUACCUCCAACACCAUGAUGCUGCACAUGGAGUCAGACUCAGAAACCGGGGGGCGGGGUUUCCUCGCCCACUUUGCUGGGACAAAACCACAUCUGAAUGAGGAACAGACCUGUGGUGGAAAAAUGAUAAAACCACAAGGAACCAUCCAAACACCCAACUGGCCUGAGAAAAAUUACCCAUCAGGCAUUACCUGCUCAUGGCUCAUCACCGUGGAACCAGACAAGGUGAUAGAGGUGAAGUUUGAUAAGUUUGAUGUGGAGCGUGACACAUACUGUCGCUUCGAUUACGUGGCGUUUUAUAAUGGAGGAGAGAUGGACACCUCAAGACGCAUUGGAAAAUACUGUGGGGAUAAGGCACCCGAGCCCAUAGUGACCAACUCUAACAUUCUCCUGGUCCAGUUCGUGUCUGACCAGAGCGUCACCUCAGAUGGCUUCAUUGCCUCGUAUUCCAGUGUUCCAAGAGGUCAUUCAGCCCAGCCAGGAUCCCGUGUGCACUCGUUACCCACAGUGCCACGGCUUGCCCCGACCCGCAAACCCGUCACCACAAAGACUACGAAGGCACCAACUACCACCGCCACACCACGCAGACGCCCACCACCCAAUCCCAACCAACCGGCCAGGCCUCUGAAUCCAGAAUCAGGUCGGCCUGAUCCAGUGCGCCCAGGAACGAACCCUCUGUGCCCUAAAACAUGUAAGAGAGAUGGCAGCAUAAAGAACAGUUUCUGCAGCAGUGAAUUUGUGAUCACAGGGACCGUGACGGCGCUCAUUCCGGCUCCUCAGGGCCGCCUGAUAGCCACCGUCUCCAUCGUCAAGGCUUAUAAAGCUGGAGGACUGACCAUUACUCAGGCUGGAGAGACCAUGACUGUUAAACUGGUGCUCAUGUGCAGGACAUGUCCUGUACUACGCAGAGGUCAAAACUUCAUUCUGAUGGGUCAGGUGGAUGAAGACGGCCGUGGCAUUCUCCCUCCUGGCAGUUUCACAGCCUUGUACAAAGCGCAGCACCACAAAAUCCUCACCAGCCUCAACAACCAGCCGUGCUGAUCCCCAAGGCUGAAAACAACACCAACAUGAACAACAUGAAUGAAUCAGUGGAAAUGAUUCACUGUGUUGCCAGCCAUUAUUCCCUGUAGCACAGUAUCACAGGUCUCUCAGCCUGUGUUUUAGCCCUUUAAGCCCUUCACAUACAUGUAAAAGGAAAAAUAACUAAUUUUUAAAUUAUAUAUAUAUAUAUAUAUAUAUAUAUAUAUAUAUAUAUAUAUAUAUAUAUAUAUAUAUAUAUAUAUACACAUGUAUAUAUAUAUAUAUAUAUAUAUAUAUAUAUGUAGAUAUAGAUAUAUAUAUAUAUAUCUGGUAUUCUCUAUUUUCUUAAAUGUACCCAUAGCUAAUUAGAGCCCAUUGCUCUAAAGUGUAAGUUAGUGAACAUUUUGCACUUUUGAGUGAUUAGGGGAAGUGGACAAGGGCAAAUUAAAUCAGUACUGUAACACAGGGAGGGUCUAUACAUCUUACUCUGAAUUUGGAGCAGUGACUCGUAAAAACCCGAAAUGAUUUCACAGCAGCAUGUAGAGGAACAUUUCACCUUAUUCACUUUAUACACUUGAAGAUGUCAUACAGUAUAUCUGUAAUUUAUGAUGUCAUCAAAUAAAGGUUUUAUAUCACA